UUUUUUUUCUCUUCCGUUUUCACUAGUCGAAAGUUUUCUGUCAGUGAAAUUGGGAACGAAAAUAUGUUAAAGUCGGAGGUGCAACACCAGUAUUGGAUCACCAAAAAGGUGGUGCAACGCAAACUGGGCAGCAAAGAGGACAAACACAUCAUCUCCUCGGACGCGGAGCUCGAUGCCAAAAUCGAGAUAUUCAAAUCGAUAAGCGACACCAGCUCGGAGCUCUGCAAAAUCAUUGAUCAAUACCAGGAACGCCUCUGCAUCUUGUCGCAGGAGGAAUGCGUCUUUGGGCGUUUCCUCAAGGAGGCAGGCAAGCGAUCAAAGACCACAGGAGGCAGCAUCACGAAUGCAGGCAAAGCAAUGUCCUUCGCUGGCCAGCAAAGGAUGUGCGUCCGUGUGCCGUUGCUGCGCCUGCAGCACGAGGUCGAUGUGUAUCGCUGUCGUGCGGUGAAGGACACCGAGCUAACGCUGCAGACAAUGGAGAAGGAGCGGACCGAAUAUCGCGCAGCCUUGGCGUGGAUGAAGCACACGGCCAGCCAGGAUAUGGAUCCGGAUACGGGCAAGGGAUUGGAUAAGUUUCGCACGGCCCAAGCGCAUGUGCGUGCUGCGAAGCACAAUUUCGAUGGCUACUCCUUGGACUCCAUACAGAAGAUUGAUCUGCUGGCUGCGGCACGUUGCAACAUGUAUUCGCAUGCUUUGGUCGCCUACUUGGCGGAGCUUAAGACAUUUGCCCAGAAGACGGCGGCCACGUUUCAGAGCAUUGCAAAUGCGCUGGUCGCCAAACCCAAAUACGAUUUCUGUGUGCUCAAGGAGCUGUCGCAAAACGAAGGAGCUGCCGAAGAUGCGGUGGAGGAGACGCCUGUGGCGCCCAUUGAGGCAGUCGAUAAAGAUCAGUCCUUGUUCUUUGCGGAGGAUUACCAAGAUAAACCCGCGUCUACUACGCCCACAGCAGACACGCCCACAACGACAGCAGCUGCUCCAGCUCCAGCUGCCUGUGGCGACAAUGAAUCCUUGCUCAUUGAGCUGUCCAAGCAGCUGGAGGAGGCGCCGCUCAUUGAGGCCUCUCCGCCAUCAGAAGCGACGCUCAGUAACAACAAAUUCUGGGCACGCAUGUUCAAUCAAUCAACUGCAGCGCCAACUCCAGCGCCAGCUCCAGCUCCAGUUGCCGCUCCCAACAAGUCCAAUCCAAGCAAACCGAGCCAGCAAAACAGCAACAACGCUUGGCUGGAGCUGUUUGCAGAUCUCGAUCCCUUGGCUAAUCCCCAAGCGUUCGAUUUGAAGCUGAGCGGAGGAAGACGCGUCGCAGAGCAAACAUAAGUUGCAGAGGUUUCCACAUACAUUUGAUUUGUAAUUAUAACAAUGAUGGUUCUAUUGGCCUACAACAACAAAAAAAAAACAAAAAGGGAAAAUGAAAAACUCGUUUGGAUG